UUGUUUCAUUCAUCUCCCUCUCGCCUUUACGCAUUCGAAACUCGAAUCUAAAAUCAUGGCGGCAACAAGCGAUGAGCAGAUGAAUUUGCUUCUUUCAAGUUUCGAUCAGAUCUACGAGGAUUUUAAAAGCGGGUUGAAUGAGAUCAAUGUUUACAGAUCAAAGAGCAAUGUUGAAACCAGCAGAAGAGAUGUUCUUGAGAUUACUAAUAAAGCUCUUAAAGAAGAGAAUGAAAGGCUGAAGAAGCUUUAUACUGAAUCGCUUAACAAUUUUGCUGAUCAGCUUGAGCAUCGUACUAAAUGCCAUAGUUUGAAAGAAGAACUGAUGAGAGUGAAUGAUGAAAACAAAAGCAAACAACAUGAACACAGGAACGUUUUGGAAUCGCUUAGGCAGAAGCAUGUAACAAAGGUUGAAGAGCUAGAGAAUAAAAUCAGGAGUCUCAUGGUUGAAAAAGCAACAAACGAUAUGGUAAUUGAUAGGCUUCGCCAAGACUUGACAGCUAACAAAUCGCAUAUUCAAGCAAUGUCGAAGAAACUGGAUCGAGUAGUUUCUGAAGUGGAAUGCAAGUAUGAACUCGAGAUUCAGGAUCUAAAGGACUGCCUUCUAAUGGAACAAGAAGAGAAAAACGAUAUCAGUAACAAACUUCAGAGUCUGCAGAAGGAAUUGCUUAUUAGUAGAACGUCAAUAGCUGAAAAGCAGAGGGAUACAACUUCAAAUCGACAGGUCGAGACUUUGAAACAGAAGCUAAUGAAACUGAGGAAAGAGAAUGAGAUCCUUAAACGGAAACUAUCUUCUUCAUAGAACAGCCAGGAAACAGACACUUACCGUCGGAUUACUUCUUCAACGAGAAUCAAUUUUUAAGGAAAAUUAAAACAUGAUACCGGAACAAGCACACUUUCCGAUUUGUCUGUAAGAAAAGCA